GGCUGACGUAGGUGUGGAGCAGGUUUUUCUGUCGUGCCCCGCCAUUUUCAACUUUCUUUGCAAUUUAUCACCAAAAGUGCCUUUACACCACGAAUUGGGCCACGAACCCGAGAUCUGAGGCCAGACAACAACCGAAUAUCGACUCGAGACAGCUUCUGCAACCGCAACCGCAAUCAUGGCGACUACAGUGGACAAGAUCAAAGAUAUUGAGGCCGAAAUGGCCAAAACCCAGAAGAACAAGGCGACUUCGUACCAUUUGGGUCAGCUUAAGGCCAAGUUGGCCAAGCUCAAGCGCGAACUGUUGACUCCCAGCGGCGGAGGUGGUGGCGGAGGUGCUGGUUUCGAUGUGGCCAGAACAGGCGUAGCCAGUAUUGGCUUCAUCGGCUUCCCUUCGGUGGGCAAGAGUACGCUCAUGAGCAGACUGACAGGCCAACACUCGGAGGCUGCCGCCUACGAAUUCACCACCUUGACCUCUGUGCCUGGUCAAGUUGUCUAUAACGGUGCCCCCUUGCAGAUUAUUGACCUUCCCGGUAUCAUUGAGGGUGCCAAGGAUGGCCGAGGUCGAGGUCGACAAGUCAUCGCCGUCGCUAAGACAUGCCAUCUGAUCUUCAUUGUGCUGGAUGUCAAUAAGCCUCUGACGGAUAAGCGGGUGAUUGAGGCGGAACUCGAGGGUUUCGGAAUCCGUAUCAAUAAGGAACCCCCCAACAUCACCUUCAGGAAGAAGGACAAGGGUGGCCUCAAUAUCACCAGCACUGUACCCCUGACACAUAUCGACCACGGCGAGAUUAAGGCUGUCAUGAGCGAAUAUCGCAUCAAUUCUGCGGACAUUACAAUCCGGUGUGACGCUACCGUUGAUGACCUGAUCGACGUUCUCGAGGCAAAGAGCAGAAGUUAUAUUCCCGUUGUCUACUGUCUGAACAAGAUUGAUUCCAUUAGCAUUGAGGAGCUUGACCUUCUCUAUCGAAUUCCCAAUGCUGUCCCCAUCAGUUCCGAGCACGGAUGGAACAUUGAUGAGCUGAUGGAGGCCAUGUGGGACAAGCUAAACCUUGUCCGCGUGUACACAAAGCCCAAGGGCAAGCAGCCUGAUUACUCUCAGCCUGUCGUGCUCCGAUCUACGCGCUGCACUGUUGAAGAUUUUUGCAACGCCAUUCACCGAAGCAUUACGGAAGUUUUCAAGACGGCCAUCGUUUAUGGCAAGUCAGUCAAGCAUCAGCCUCAACGCGUUGGCCUGGCUCACGAACUGUGUGAUGAGGAUGUUGGUAGGUUACCCCGGAGUCUCCGACAACGACCCUCGACCCCAGCAGCAGCCUCAAGACAGAUUGAGAAUGGGAGGGACAAGUAGUUAGGCCGCAGUGAGCUUGAUCUACCCGAUGCAGUCGGGAUCUUGCUUCGUUGAUGAGCCAGGGCGCCCAUGAUCCCAGUCUCAGUCUGAUCCGUUGCACCAAGGCGGCUAGGGUUGCAUUGUACCAAGCUCACAGCAACGCUAACCAUUGUAACAGUAACCAUUGUCAAGCGAUGAAG